UUCUUUUCAGAUGGUUUGUGCCUUGUGGUCAUGUGGUGUGUUGUUUUGUUUCUUUUUUUGGCAGUGUUGAAAUUGAAAGCGCUGUAAAAAUAGAGUUAUCUUUUAAUUCACUGCUUGAGACAGUGGGAGACGUUUAUUUUUUGUUUUUUUAUUUAUUUAGUUUAUCAAUAGAGAUGUCUUCUCCGCCUAAGGAUAAGUCUGACACCAAAGCCGGACACCAUCCUGCAGUAAAAGCAGGAGGGAUGCGUAUCGUGCAAAAGCACCAUCUGGGCGGGGACCAGAAUCACGAGAAGGACAAAGACAGUAAAGAGCUGGAAAGCAGCAGCCCACCAAAGCAGAUUCUUGUCAUAUCCGGAGCAGUCACGCGGGGUGACAAGGACUUUCCUCCGGCAGCCUCCCAGGUGGCACACCUCAAACCUCAGCCCUGCGUGGAGAAGCUGCCCCCUCCACACCACAUCAACCAGCACAUCCACCAGCCCCGCAAGUGAGCCCUGGAGACCUCUGGCGCACUACCGCAUUCCACCGCUACGGGAUGCCUCGCUGCUGUACCCCACUGGACCCGGGAUCUGUUGCACACAAAGGAAGACCUAUCUAUCUUAUCUCUCCUGUCAUGGGUUUUCAUAUAUUCUUUAAAGAGUUACUCCUUUAUAAUGCUGCUUUCUGUGUCUGUGUGUCUGUCAAGGGGCAAGCGCUGCAACUGAACACAGUGCACCACAGCAGAGGCAGUAUCGGCAUUUUGCUGCUCUAGAUUAGAAGAAUUGCCUAAAAAUCCAUGCGUAUGUUUCAAAUGAGAGCCAGGAUUUAGCACAGCUCAAUCUCAGGGACAAGUAUUCAGAUAGUUUAUUAGGCUUUUGCUCUAGUUAAUUGCACCUUAUUUGUCUUUUUGAAAUAGAAAAUGCAGGCUGCAGAUCAACCUGCACCCUGCUGGAAUAAAUCACCGCUGGAUUUUUAUAACCAUUUUAUUUUAUGAGCACCGGGGAAACACCAAGGAUUGAAGCAACAACUUUGUCACAGAAAUUUCCCUUACAAAUGAGGGUUGGAUGCAGUCCAGGUGCAUUCCCUUGUACAGUAAAAAUCCUCGCAAAAAAUCCAGCUUUGGUUGUUCCCGGCAGAGUACAGCCUCAUGAAAUUAACCAUUUACUCAGACAGGAGUGUGCCAUACCAACAAUAUCCCUUACAAGUUUUACUGACUGUAUUGAAAAGUGGAAUUGAACUAUUUUAGUAUGUUGCUUUUAAACCGAGGGAACAUAAAGUCCCCUUUUCAGCCACAGCGGCUUGAAACCUGGUUCCGGGAGACCUAGUCUGAGGUUGCUGUAUCAAACCCCAAGUCUCCCCUGGUGUGCCCUGCAGUGGCCUGAAACCUAGUCUUCUGAAACCAAGUUCCAAGCCACAAAAGGGGCUUCAUGUUCCCUCAGCUUAAGAGCUCUUUUGUAGCUUCUUUAAAUUGUUACUUUAUAGUUUAUACUAAGCUCUGAGCUGGAUAAAGGGAGAUUUAGAGAAAAAAAUGCAUAUAAUAAUUAAAUAGUGGAGCAACAGAACCCAUAAACAUUCACAAUGGUUGCAAACAUAAGAAAUAAACAAAGGGUAAUGCAAAAUCUGCUAGAAUUACAUUGAAGCUACUUUUGAUCAAAUACAGACAAACCCAAUAAAAUUAAAAACUAACCAAGGUUUUAGUCUCCAGUGAAGUUUUAAGUUUUUUUUAUUUUUUUAUUUCAUCAACCCCAUAAUUCAAAAUUCAUUUCAGGAACAAAGGAGUAACUCUUUGACUGGCGCUGUUGUUUGUGUGUGUUUGUUUUGUGGCAUGCGCUCUAAAAAACGAUUUUUUUAUGAUUUUGUAGGUUUUGUCUAUUUUCAAAUUGUACUGAAAUAUUUAGCAGCUUUUGUUUUUGCAUAACAGUUUGCAGGAGAGUGUCCUGCAAGUGUGUGUAGCUAAUUAAGGAAUUGGUGUUUGACCGAAAGAGGGGGAAGAAAUUGCACUUGCAUUUACAGGGAAGUGUACUUGUGAUGUUGGUUUUGAAAUAGCAGAUUCAAAGCCACAUGCUUUUAAUAUAUAUUAAUUUACUCUUGUUAAAAAAAUAGAUGUAUGAAACGGCUUGCAGAUUAACUUCAGAGAGGCAGUUUGGGAUCUUCACGGUAAUAUAAACAUUACAACCUUUUUAGCUAAUAAAACCAUUACUUAACUGUUGUGCACAUCCGUUCACAAUGUACAUUUUGAAAUGUUAAAUCGAACAUGUAUUUUUAGGGCUGGAAAUAAGACUCCUAUUGCAUAGCGGUUUCACCCAUCCCAGGUUUUACCACAAGCUUGAUUAGCCACAGUGUGUACAGGUAACAAGCUCAGAUGUGUCUUGGAAACCAGGAAUGGUUCAAACUGCUAUGCAUUGGGAGUCUUAUUUGCAUCCCUGAUUUUUUUUUUCUUCUUCUUUUUAAUGAUGUGUAUAACCUCCAGCUGCUGUAGUAAAUGGUGGAAUGCCUAUUGGCUAACAGACUGACGUAGUGGAAAUCAGGUUAAAUCGUAAAGGGGGUUUUGAGGGUGAAUACAGCUAAAUAAUGCAGCCAGCAAGGCUAGGUGUACAGAAGGCUAUUCUAUGGGAGAAUGUAAGAAACCAAACAUGUUUGUGGAGCACCUCUCCUUAGUCCCUCGGUAUGAUGUUAUUCAUCUAUUAAAAAGUCAUGAAAUUGCUCAGAAUUUUUUAUGGCAGUCAAUGAAAAACUCCCUACCACUCACAUGGUUUUACAGUACUUUUCCCAGGGUUUAUCCACUUUUAACUGUAAAUAAUGAUUUAACAUACUGUAGGCUACUAUUUUCGGAACAGCUCACUUUCCCUGAAUUUCCUAAAAAAUCUGGUGAUGAUGUGCAUUACAGACAAAUGACCCGUAAAAUGCUUUUUAAAUAAAUGACUUAUUGUUUGUCGUUUUUGUUUUAUUGGUUGUUUUACUGUUGAGUCAAAUUGCAAAUGCUUUAUGUGCAAAAAAAAAUAAAUGCGUAAAAUAAACAUUACUUUUAUCAUGAAUGUCUAA